CCUCAAGGCACCGUCUCUUCAUCAAAUUAAAAGACGACCCUCACUUCACCGACUGAGACUCUGAUUAGGGUUUCACGCAAAGCCCUGCCAAGUUCACUGGGUCGAACCGAUUUCCUCUGAAUCCGUGGAAAGCUUUAGGACAUGGAAUUCUGCCCGAGUUGUGCAAAUAUGCUGCAGUAUGAGCUGCCGAACAUGCAUGAUGCAAGAUUCUUCUGUCCAACUUGUCCUUAUGUGGCAUACGUCGAUAGGAAGGUUAAGAUCAAGAGAAGGCAACAUCUAGUUAAAAAAGAGAUCCAACCCAUCUUUACCCUGGAUGACUAUAAGAAUGCGCCCAAAAUUGAAGAACCAUGCCCAAGAUGUGGAUUUCCGGAGGCAGCUUACAGGACACAGCAAACGCGAUCUGCUGAUGAAGCAGAAACAAGAUUUUUCAGGUGUAUGAACAACAACUGUGGACACACGUGGGUUGAUUACUCUUAGAAGGAGAUCUUUGUGUUCUUAGAGUUGUGAUCCGUUUUUCUUGCGCCAGUUUUGAGUUUUGGCAGAACUGUGAGGUGACAUUGUGGACUGCCUCAACAAAGGGAAAUAAUACUUAAUUAUUCAUACAUUGUGUUGUUUUA